UGCUGGGCUGCUGUAGCUUACUGUCUGUCUGGCUGGGACGGAGGGGGGCUUCCACGCUAGCAGGCGACUAACCACAUUUAACCCUUAAGGAAGCAGUUUUAUCUGUCCUGGAUUUGGAAAUUAUUAGUACUCGUAUUCGACAUAACUAUCCAUCAAGUUGGAGCUCAGUGGACUUAUAUUCUCUCGCUGGCUCACAUACGCUUCUGUGAACCACUGCAGCAGCAACAGACCAAGCACGCCGCCGCCGCUGCCGCCGCUGUUGUUGUUGUGAGAGAAGAAAACAAGCUCGGCAAACACUCCGUAAGCUGUGUGAUCAUUGACAGAGUUCAAUACACACACGCUUCAAUUGAUAACUGGUGGGAUCUUUGUGCAGCGUACUUUCGAGCCUCUUCAAUAACCGACCAGCUGGGAAUAUUUUGUCGCUGAAGUCGAGGUAUUACAUGAUAUAGUUGUUUUUGAUCUGAGCCACUGUCAGACACUUGACCAAUAGGAACAGUUUGCACAAUUUCCACCAGCUUGUCUGCAGCCCCCUCCCAACCCAGACAGUCCUCUGCCCCAGCAUGAAUGAAGUCAGUGUUGUGAGAGAAGGAUGGCUCCAAAAGAGAGGUGAAUACAUUAAAACAUGGAGGCCUCGUUACUUCAUCUUAAAGAGCGACGGCUCCUUCAUCGGCUACAAAGAGAAGCCUGAGGUGUCCAGUGACCACAGCCUCCCACCACUCAACAACUUCUCUGUCGCAGAAUGCCAGCUGAUGAAAACGGAGCGCCCAAGGCCCAAUACGUUUGUUAUCCGUUGCCUGCAAUGGACCUCUGUUAUUGAGCGUACCUUCCAUGUAGACAGCAAUGAGGAGAGGGAGGAAUGGAUGCGAUCGAUCCAGGCAGUGGCAAAUAGCCUGAAGAGUCAGCAUCAGGAUGAGGAGCCCAUGGAGAUUAAAUUUGGCUCACCAAGUGACAGCAGUGGCACAGAGGAGAUGGAGAUUGCUGUGUCCAAAUCCCGCACAAAAGUGACCAUGAGUGACUUUGACUAUCUGAAGCUGCUGGGAAAGGGGACAUUUGGUAAAGUGAUCCUGGUGAAGGAGAAGGCCACAGGGAUGUACUACGCCAUGAAAAUCCUCCGCAAGGAAGUCAUCAUUGCUAAAGAUGAAGUGGCACACACAGUUACAGAAAGCAGAGUUCUCCAAAAUACGCGGCAUCCCUUUCUAACGACACUAAAAUAUGCAUUUCAAACACAUGACCGGCUAUGCUUUGUAAUGGAGUAUGCAAAUGGAGGAGAACUCUUCUUUCACUUAUCCCGGGACAGAGUGUUCACAGAAGACAGAGCUAGAUUCUAUGGUGCAGAAAUAGUAUCAGCACUGGAGUACCUACACUCACGCAAUGUAGUUUACAGAGAUUUAAAGCUGGAGAACCUCAUGUUAGAUAAGGAUGGCCACAUAAAGAUAACAGACUUUGGGCUGUGUAAAGAGGGGAUCACAGAUGGUGCCACUAUGAAAACCUUCUGUGGAACACCGGAGUACCUGGCACCAGAGGUGCUAGAAGACAAUGACUACGGACGAGCGGUGGACUGGUGGGGACUGGGCGUGGUCAUGUAUGAGAUGAUGUGUGGUCGGUUGCCCUUCUACAACCAGGACCACGAGCGUCUCUUUGAGCUUAUCCUCAUGGAGGAGAUCCGCUUCCCCAAGAACCUGGCUCCGGAAGCCAAGGCCCUGCUGGCCGGCCUGCUCAAAAAGGAUCCCAAACAAAGGCUUGGUGGCGGUCCAGACGAUGCCAAAGAAGUGAUGAGCCACAAGUUCUUUACAUCUAUCAACUGGCAGGAUGUUCUUGAAAAAAAGCUUAUUCCACCCUUCAAGCCCCAGGUAACAUCAGAGACGGACACGCGUUACUUUGAUGAUGAGUUCACAGCACAAACCAUAACAAUAACUCCCCCUGACAAGUAUGACAGUUUAGAUGUCGAGGAUUCAGAUCAGCGCACGCACUUCCCUCAGUUCUCCUACUCUGCCAGCAUACGGGAAUGAUCACUCAGACUCUUGAACAAGCAGUUCACAACUCCAGCACAUCUUCUCACUGGCUCAGGCACAGCCAUCAUGCUCUAGCCUAGUGUCCUGCUUUGGAACGUGCAGGAUUGGAUAUCAGAACCACUGCACUGAUGGACUCUACUGUGGAUUUGCCUUUAUUGCUAUCAUGGCCAUAUGGGGGUGCUGCUGAACUUUUUUAAUAUUGGUUGUGAAGCCAUACUCUGAACCUCGCUGCUAGCCACGCUUUAAGCAAUGCUUCACAGCUGAACAUGCAAGUUGAUACCCCUGACCUCUCCUGUAGGCAUACACAGGCACAAUAAGUGCCUCCUCACUAUUGUGUAAAUACCAAAAAAAAAGAGCUUGAUGGUGAAUGCAGCAUUCGUAGAGGGGGAGGCCUGCAGCUUUGUAGUAUUUGAUUUGCAGCUUUACUAUGGUUACCUUGCUUCUCUGUAUAUUUGAAUGUGAUUAACAGUCACGAAUGUCACACCUGAUGCUGGUGUAACAAGAUUUUGUCUGCUUUUUGCUGUUAGUUGAGGCGCAGAGGGCAAUGGAAAAAAAAAAGCAAUCUUUAAGGGGAGGACAUUGUCCUGGUAGACAAUUUCAGCCCCCCCUUUGCAAGACUUUACAAUGUAAGGGGUGAUACCUGCUACAAUAUGGUAGCUUAUAACAUUUGCAACU